UGGAUUUUCUCUACAUCACCAAAACAAACAACAGCUGUGUUUCUGUGCCAAUUGUCGCUUGCUUGAUGCCACGGCGUGGGAAGCUGGAUGGCAAAGUUGGCUUAAGCCAGUUGGACAUCGACUGCAAGGAGGCGAUUCAAGAGUUGCUCCGGCCGAGAUACUAUGGAAUUGCCAAUUUCUACGUGGAGUCUGCGUCUGAACGUGAAAAGCAGGACGUGAUUCUGCUGAAGAACAGAAUCCAAGGAUCACCUGUAGUGAGAAUCGAAUAUCGAUCUUGCAUGAUUUUUCUGAGACAUUUGCGGUUCUUUUCAACUCCUUUCACUUUUGUAUGCUCCUGCUCCAACCUUGAACUUUCAUAUGUUUGCUCAAGUUCUUUUCUGGCAUGGAUCUACAAACAGCAACUGGUCGAAGGGCUAGUAGAACUCCGCUCUCAAGUUUUGCUGGUUUGGACCAAGGUCCACCCAGGAAGCCUGCAAGCAGCAUUCACAACGGCCCUGAUGGAAAGCAAACUGUGUUUUGACCAAAUUACUCAAACGCAGUUGACUGUCUUGAGGGUUGUCCCACAGACAGUUUUCCCCAGACAUGGGCCAUGGGGCCGCUCCAAUAGACUUAAUUCUAGGCCGCUCCAGCGGCACUCAUGGCAGAACAUGUCCCUUGCUGGUCAUCAUACCUUUCCACUCGUGGCAGAUGCAGAUCGCCCGGGGAAGAAUCCGUAUCUCAUGGCAGAUGUUGGGAGGAUCAAGAUCACCACGAACCCACGGGGUCGGGAGCGUGAGUCGAAGGUGAUCCCCGUUACUGGAGAUCGUGUUCAGGCAGACUUGCUCCGGAACCAGUCUGGUGCUCAGCAGCGAGAUCCCCAGCGCGAGAAGGAGCGCAGGUACAUGGCAAGGUACAGCGAGAUCCCAAGCACAUCGUCCGUGGCAGAUUUCUUUGACCUCCACCACUUUCCAGUGGAAGAGCGUGCGAGCAUGCAGGUUCUGACCGAGAAGGUGCGGAAAAAACUCAAGCACUGGCAGGUCCUCGGUCCGGAGCAAAACCCUCAUGAUGCAGCGGAGAUGAUGCGUGGUCUGCAAACCUGUGCCGCUGUGUGCGAAAGGAUGCCCAGGUAUGCAGAUUGGAGCGCCAGGAGCACUGGAAAGGUUCAUGAACGCCUAUUUGGCUACUCCCAGUUUGCGCCGAAGGGCAGCAGGACCCUGAAGGAGGUUCCCACGCUGAGACGAACGCCAUUGUCCAGUUCAGCGCCCUUGCUGCAGUCUGCGGGAUUUGGUUGAGCUCAAAGCAUCCAGGGUCUACCAGUGUCUACUGGCUUUGGCCAAAGACUACGCCCAGCCUGGUAGCGUUUCACACACUGUGCUUGGUGAAGCUGAUAUAAAGCGGUUUCACACGUCGCAUUCUCCAAACUGAUGGGGAUUCACGUUGGACUGUUCUCAAGCAGCCGCCUCUGUUUAGCUCUUGUGGUGGUUCCUAUUUGUUGUGUGUUGGUCCUCAGACUUGCCGGGUCAACCAACCGAUCUGUGGAUCCCUGUGUCAGCAUAGCUCAUGUUCGAAAGGUUCAGCUGAUCCCUCAAGGGGAAUCAGGGAGAGAAAAUUGUUCUCCAAAAGAGUGACGAAAAAGGGAGCUCCAGGCUGCUCCGGGUCAUGAACAACAAUCUAGGCUUUGACUCGACUUGUUGGUGGUCAAUGUUUGGAUUGAACAAAAAGAGACAGUUUUUGACGGGUG